AUGGCGGAGAUAUUGGGAAACGGCCAUGGAGAAGCAAGAGACGGAACAGUAGUGGUGAAUCUCAAGGAAGAAGACGAACAUCAACAACAACAAGAAGCUAUUCAUAACCCUAAACCCAUCAAGAAACAAGACUCUCUCCUCUCAUUCUCUGUCCCUUUCUUACAAAAGUUAAUGGCGGAGGUUCUUGGAACGUACUUUUUGAUAUUCGCCGGUUGUGCAGCGGUGGCUGUAAACACCCAACAUGAAAAAGUCGUGACUCUUCCUGGUAUCUCCGCCGUUUGGGGACUCACUGUCAUGGUUCUUGUUUACUCUCUCGGUCAUAUCUCCGGUGCUCAUUUCAAUCCAGCCGUUACAAUCGCCUUCGCUUCUUGCGGCCGAUUUCCUCUCAAACAGGUUCCGGCUUAUGUUAUAUCACAAGUGAUCGGAUCGACACUCGCGGCGGCGACUUUAAGGCUGUUAUUCGGACUCGAUCACGACGUUUGCAGCGGGAAACAUGACGUGUUCGUGGGAACAUUACCUUCGGGAUCAAAUUUACAGUCGUUUGUGAUCGAGUUUAUCAUCACUUUCUACCUAAUGUUUAUCAUCUCCGGCGUUGCAACCGAUAAUAGAGCGAUCGGAGAACUUGCCGGACUAGCAGUAGGGUCAACGGUGCUACUUAACGUGAUAAUUGCCGGACCGGUAUCAGGAGCGUCGAUGAACCCGGGAAGAAGUUUAGGACCCGCAAUGGUAUUUAGUUGCUAUAGAGGACUUUGGAUCUACAUAGUUUCUCCAAUUCUUGGUGCGGUUUCGGGUGCAUGGGUUUACAACACGGUUAGAUAUACCGAUAAACCGUUACGAGAAAUAACUAAAAGCGGUUCCUUUUUAAAGACCGUGCGAAACGGUAGCUCCCGUUAA